CGCACAGCCUCAGCCCGGGCCAGCCGUGCUGCCCGCGGUCCCCAGUGCUGUCCCCGGCCCGGUCCCAGCAGCCACCAGCACCGCCACCAGCACCGCGCCCGCCUUGGUGGCCGCGGCCGCCGCCUCCGUGCGCCACAGCCCCGGGCCGGCCCUGGCGCGCCUGGAGGGCCGCGAGUUCGAGUUCCUCAUGCGCCAGCCCAGCGUCACUAUUGGUCGCAACUCAUCGCAGGGCUCGGUGGACCUGAGCAUGGGCCUGUCCAGCUUCAUCUCCCGGCGCCACCUGCAGCUCAGCUUCCAGGAACCUCACUUCUACCUGCGCUGCCUAGGGAAGAACGGCGUCUUCGUGGACGGGGCCUUCCAGAGGCGCGGAGCACCAGCCCUGCAGCUGCCCCAACAGUGCACCUUUCGAUUCCCCAGCACAGCCAUCAAGAUCCAGUUCACAUCCCUGUACCACAAGGAGGAAGCUCCUGCGUCUCCCUUGCGGCCGCUCUACCCUCAGAUCUCCCCGCUGAAGAUCCAUAUUCCGGAGCCGGAUAUCCGGAACCUGGUCAGCCCUAUCCCUUCCCCAACUGGCACCAUCAGCGUCCCCAACUCCUGCCCCGCCAGUCCACGAGGAGCUGGGUCGUCCAGUUACCGCUUCGUCCAGAAUGUGACCUCGGACCUGCAGCUGGCCGCGGAGUUCGCAGCAAAGGCGGCCUCUGAGCAGCAAGCAGAUACAUCUGGCGGGGACAGCCCCAAGGACGAGUCGAAGCCACCCUACUCCUACGCACAGCUGAUUGUACAAGCCAUCUCCUCGGCCCAGGAUAGGCAGCUAACACUAAGUGGCAUCUAUGCUCACAUCACCAAGCAUUACCCCUACUACAGAACUGCUGACAAGGGCUGGCAGAACUCUAUCCGACACAACCUCUCUCUUAACCGUUACUUUAUCAAAGUCCCACGGUCUCAGGAGGAGCCUGGGAAGGGCUCUUUUUGGCGAAUAGACCCUGCUUCUGAAGCCAAACUGGUUGAACAGGCAUUCCGAAAGCGGAGACAGAGGGGCGUCUCCUGUUUCCGCACGCCGUUCGGGCCUCUGUCCUCACGGAGCGCUCCAGCUUCUCCCACCCACCCUGGGCUGAUGUCCCCUCGUUCCAGUGGCCUGCAGACCCCAGAGUGCCUGUCUCGGGAGGGUUCCCCCAUUCCCCAUGACCCUGACUUGGGAUCAAAGUUAGCCUCUGUUCCAGAGUACCGCUAUUCCCAGAGUGCCCCCGGCUCCCCUGUCAGCGCCCAGCCAGUGAUCAUGGCUGUGCCUCCCCGACCUUCCAACUUAGUGGCUAAGCCCGUCGCCUACAUGCCAGCCUCCAUAGUGACCUCCCAGCAGCCCUCGGGCCACGCCAUUCAUGUGGUACAGCAGGCCCCCACCGUCACCAUGGUGAGAGUGGUCACCACCUCUGCCAGCUCAGCCAACGGGUACAUUCUCACCAGCCAGGGCUCAGCCGGGGGCUCCCACGACACAGCAGGCACAGCUGUGCUGGACCUGGGCAGCGAGGCAAGAGGUUUGGAAGACAAGCCCACCAUUGCAUUUGCCACAAUCCCUGCAGCCAGUCGAGUCAUCCAGACGGUCGCCAGCCAGAUGGCCCCAGGGGUCCCAGGGCACACGGUCACCAUCCUGCAGCCAGCCACACCAGUGACAAUGGGGCAGCACCAUCUUCCAGUCCGGGCCGUCACUCAAAAUGGAAAGCAUGCUGUGCCCACAAAUAGUUUAACUGGCAAUGCUUAUGCCCUUACCAGCCCCCUGCAACUCCUGGCAGCCCAGGCAAGUUCAUCCACACCAGUAGUGGUCACCCGAGUUUGCGAAGUGGGGCCUGAGGAGCCAACAGCAGCUGUCUCGGUGGCAACCAACACCACGCCGACCCCAGCCAACUCCACCACCACCUCUGCCUCUUCCAGUGGGGAGCCUGAGGUCAAGAGGUCCCGGGUAGAGGAGCCCAGUGGGACAGCCACCACACAGGCCACAGCAAUGGCAAUCACUGGCCCACAGGGCCCAGGUACCGGGGAGUGAAGUUACCCAUGCAAAAGUAGAGUGGAACUCACACCACAGGAACCCAAGCGGCCAGCAGGUGCACUCAAGGACCGAGUAGAAAAGCUCCCAGCUGCCUGCAGCACGUGUGCCACACAGGUGGCCUCCACACUCAGACAAUUUCCUUUUUAUAUCCUGUCCUCCCGUGGUUUGAAAGAAAACACAUAAACACAUUCAGACAACUUGAUUGUAUGAAUCUGGGGUUCUGUGUGUUUAUUUACCCCUCUCUCACACCAUCACCUCUCCCUGGCCCUUGGGACAAAGGGAAGAUGGUUUAGCCCGGCGUCUCAAGAACUGAUCCCUGGCCAGCACCCACAAAGAAGAUCUUGCUCCCCAGAACUGGACAGAAGCACAUGCAGAGCAAAUCCAGGCCACUUUCCCCAGAACGGAAGAGGACAUCUGAUUGGUAGCAGACCAGACUGAUUUUUAACUGAUCGAUAACAGACCAGACAACUGCAGGAACUUCCCAGCUUCAGGCUGGUAUACUCCCCCAAAGUGACGUAGAGCAUGAUAUUCACUGGGAUCAGGGAGGUAGAUCUACUUUGACUUUGGGCCCUAAAUAUUUCUUAUGUUUAAACAUGGAAUUUGGGCUCAUCUCAAAACCUGAGACAAACAUAAAAGGGUUUCCAUGUCUUUGGGGUUCCCACCAGUAAUGAGCUGAGAAGCCAUAGGGCCAGGCGCUUACCCAUACCAGCCCCAUGCCAACAUGCCGCUCUGCCUGGUAACUCCAAGAAGGAUUGGCGGCUCCCAGCAGUGGCUGAACCCAGAACCUCUUACAGCAUCGCAUGCUCAGCAUUGCAUGCCCAGGGAACAUGGGCAGCUCCAGGCAGAAGUCGGCCAUUCCUUUGUUCAGUGGAAAGAACAGUACAUAUUUCUGGAAGACCAUGAAGGAAUGAGCCCUGUGUUCCCAGCAGCUGGAGGGGCCACAGGACACAGUGUGCUCACACUGUCCCCUCACAGUCUAGUUUCCUGAACACCCUAAAAACCCGUCCACUGUUCGAAAAUUGGAACCCUCUCAUCUACGUGAAGGUGGGGGCCCCAGGCCAGUCCUCACCACAAAGGAAACUACCUCUUCAGGCUGGUGGAAAGGCCCAUGCCAAUUUUGAAUGCCACAUGGCAAGAACCAAAGGACAGGAUCAGCCGAGGGACUAAGGAAAUCCCCCAGUGACGUCCCCUUUGCAUGCCCAGACAAGCCACCAGUGAUACUUGGACACAUGCCAAGGAGCAGCAGCGGGAGCUGAACCCUAGCCAUUGAAUGUUCCCCACAGUUUGAGGGUGAGAGGUGACUCUGUGGAAGCAGUAACGGCGAUUGUGUAAGUGGCGGACUUCCAGGUAGCAGAUCACUCAAUGUUGCUCCUCCUUGGGGGUGGACUGUGAGUAACAGCCCCAGAAGAGAUAGCCUGUCCCAGGGAAAUGAGGAGCCACAAGUCCACACCCUGCCUUUGCUGGAGGGGGACUGGUCCAUGACCUGGAUGCUGUGACCAAGGACAGCAGGUGAUCAGAUAGAUUGAGUCCAUGCUUCUCUGUAUGGUUGCCAUGUCCCCUUAUCUACAGCCACCGUCAAAGUCAUCGCUCCCUGGCACACACCAAGGACCAGUGCAGAGUGUCUGGCUGCCCUCGGGAGUGUCUUUUUUGAGCUCCCCAGUCAGUUUCUGUAGCUCUAAACUUCAAGCUGGAAAUAAGCUUUGUUUUGAAGUCCUGUUGCCUGGGAAGUUUCAGAGAAACUGGGCUGGGAUGACAGCGGCAAGGGUCGGGGGUAGCUUCCAGCUCAGCUGUCCUGUAGAGAAGGACACAGGACUUCAUCCCACAGCAUCUUCAAUCUUUGUACAUGGUGUGAACUUGUUCCAUCUGUGUGGCUGAUGUGAGCAUGGCAGGGGCGGGACAGACAAGGUGAGAGUCUGAAAUGCUCUUUGGGCCAAGAUCAUGGCCAGAUCAGCCCUGCCAGGCAAGGAUCAGCAACAGGGGACAUUAGGGUCACCUGUUGAUCUUUUCUCCAUCAGCGUUUACUCUCAGCUGUGCGUGGUUAACACUGUGGAUUGUCAUGACGCUGUGUGAUAGCCCCCACCAGAACCAUGGAUAACCCUCUGUCCCAUCAAUGUCAGGUCUCCACAGUCUGACCCUGAGCUUUUUACUCUCCUGGCUUCUGAAACUUGAUGAUAUCUGUCCUCUGUGAGGAACCCUCUCACUGUAACACAGAUGUGGAAGAAUGUGGGCUGAGAGAGUGGGAACACACAGUCCUGGAAUCCUGCAUAGCCUUGCUGAGGGUCUGUGCCCCUGGGUUAAGGCAACCUGAGCUGGGAGGGUAGGGACUUGCCUGGAGCUGCUACUCUGAGUCUAUGAAAAGUCACUCCUGUGAAGGGUAUUUGGUCUUUGCCAGGGGACCCCCCUGGCUCAUGCCAGCAUCUACCCCAUAGCCCAUAACCCAGAAUAGCCAGUGUUUAGAAGGGGGUGACACAGCCAGCCUGAACAUGCUCCCAUGAGCUCUGAGCCACCAAGUGGCUGAGCUGUCUGUAGAAGUCAGAGCCUAGGUCGGGCCAGGGUGGCCAUGACCAUCCAUUGUGUGGACAAGGGCUGACAACCCUGGAAGUUGCUGAGGGUGGGCUGACCCCAGCCCUGGAGAUGGGGCCUGGGGCCCUGCUCCUCAGCCCAUGCUGGGACUCCUUGCUGUGGCACAGCUUCGUGGUCCAGCUGAUGGCUUGGGGCAGGGUCCCUCUGGUUUCGUCUGGCUCUGAUAGGUGCUCCCUAGCAGGUGUCUGGUAUCCAUACAUCCACUCUCUCCUCUGCUUCAUAGUCAGUGCUGGCCGGACUCACAGAUGCAGCAAACAUAGGAAGUCACAGUCACCAUGGUAACUUUAGAAGUGAAGACACCCCUGUGAGCUCACCUACCUACACCAACUCCCUCCUCCUCUUCCUCGUUCUCCUGUUCUUCCUCCUCUUUCCCCUUCCUUACCCCUCUUCCUCAAUCUCUCUAUUUCUCCCCCCUCUUUUUUCUCUUCCCCUCUCGAUUAUCCCCUCUCUCCCCCUUCCUCCUCCUCCUCCUCUCCCUCUUGUCCCUUCUUGCUGGCCUCAACUUUCAGCCUGGUAUCCAGGAGACAAUAUAUGUCUGUCAUCAGCUGUUGGUGCCUCACCUUAAUACAUGGAGCCACCACCCCCACUGAGGUACAGUGUCUCCUCCUCUCUGAACCCCCUCACCAUCUGCCCCUGCAGCUCUUCUCUGCCCCUUGACAGGCCUGCCAGAAGACUGAUUCGAGAUCACACAGACCAUUCAACUAAUGUCCAUCUUUCCUCUGAAACUAAGAACAGCAUUCCAGGAUAUUCCAGGAGAGCUGGAAAUAGCCACAGCCAGGUAAUGGGAUCAGUGUCCUUUGUAGAGACAAAGGACAGACAGACCUCCAUUCAGAGAUUAAUUUGAGGAAAAAAAAAAAUCUUUUCCCUCAGAAACAAAUAUGAUGAGACAGAAUGCUCCACUUUUCCUCAAAAACCUCAAAUUCCACCUUGCACUUAGGUGACUUCAUAGGAUCUGAGGGAUGUGACCCUCUCUGGGGUAGGGGCCCCCAACCUGACUCAGUCCCUCUCUCCCCCUUUGAACAUCUUAUUGCUCUACAAUAAGUCAGAAAGUGACCGAGUCACUCCUCUGGUGAAAGCCCUUGCAUGUGGCACGAGGGCAUCCCAUCCCCAGAUGUUGGCAGGGGAACCUCUCAUUUUGACUCAGGGUGACAGAGCAGUUGCCCGAAGCCUGGCCUCCAAUACCUCUGCUCGAAAGCAAUAUUAUAAAGAAUAAGUUGUUCCAAAAAUAGCUGCUACAAACACAGGGGCUUCUCCCUAGAGCAGGGAUCCCUGACAUGCACUUUGGCUCUCGGGGGUGAAGGCAGAGAACAGUAACCAAGACCUGUUGCCCAUUUCCACCUGCCAUUUUCACAUUCUGUCCCUGUCCCCUACAGUUCCCAUGUGUCCUAUAUUUCUUGUGCUGGGGACGCAGAUCUUGCACCCACCUUCGUGCAGGGGUCUGGUGAAAAUAUCUGUUCCUUGCAUUUUUGGUGUCUUUGGGUUUUUGGGGGGAGGUUUGUUAUGGUGGUGGUGGGUUUUUUUGUUUGUUUGGUUGGUUGGUUGGUUGGUUUUUUGUAGUGCUGGGGAUUGCACUUAGGGCCUUGCACAUGCUAGGCAAGCACUCUACCACUGAGCCACACUCCCAGCCCUUUGUACUUUUAGAACUUGAGAGACAGGGUCUCACAAAGCUGCCCAAGCUGGCUAAACUUUCAGUCCUCUUGUCUUAGCCUCCUGAGUUGCUGGGAUGACAGGCCUGCACCACCAGGUCCCAGUGCUUCUUGCUCUCUUUUGGUACCAAAAGCUGCUAUACUGGUGACCCACCAGGAGGGUGUGGCCUCCAUGCAUAGAUGCCCCAACAAACUGGCAAGCUGGGCUGCAUGUGGUGCCCUGUCCCCACAGCCCAGUGGUUUGAACAGUCCAGAGCUGCUGCUUGCUUCUUCUGCCCUCCGUCCCUAACCCCUGAAAGCCACACUGCUUGUCAAGUGGAAUUAUGUGAACAGAUCAAAGGUGUUUCCUUUGAAGUAAAAAACACCUGUUUUACUGACUCUGUUUAGGGAAAACAGUUUUGCACUAAAGUUUUAAAAAGUUACUUUCAUGAUCCUCCUCUCGUCAUCUGUCCUCUGAACUCCCCUCUAGCAGACCCUCAGCUCUGUGGCUUACAGGGAGCAUUCCAGAACCAACCCCUAAGAAGUCAGGGUGCAGCAGCCCACAAGUGAGUUAGCCUCAUGCCUGGGCAUGAUGCAGGGCAGAGCGGUCACCUGGGGGUGGCAGGAAGGAGAGGUGAGUCAGGUAGGACCCAAGCAAAGCUGAGGGCUUUCCUAGCCUCUUCCUGGCCCCAGUGGCCAAUGGGCUUUUCUGUGUUGUAGACAGCAGCCAAGAAAACAGACACCUUGCUUGCAGGCAUCUUUCUCUCCAAGAAGAAACCCCACUGAAAGGGCUUCAUUCUCCCUCAUUCUUGAUCCAGCCUGUCAUUCAAGCAACUGGGGAAAAGGGACAAGAGAAGCCCCUGGACCUACGAAAAGCAGCAGGUGUAACCUGUACUUCUGUUAGACUGCCAAACAUAGGCUAUGUAGGACAGCCCACCCCCACCUCAGCUGUCCUUCCCCCGACUCUCCCACUUAAAAUAGUUAGAGAAUUGGAAGAGUGCGGCUGCUUACUCUCUGGGAGUUUGCUUCUGGAAUACUUGGUUGGUGUGACUGGUCCCUGGCAACACAGUGCAUAGUGGAGGAGCCUGGGGCCACUUCAGUGGGCACAGUGACCAGGCUGGACCCACAUUCCACCUGAGAGUUUUCCCUGCAUCUAAAGCACUUGUCGCCAGCAAAGCAAACUCAGCACUGUCCCCUGAAUCCCUAGGGGGCUGUGUUGGCCCACCUGGCAUUGGCCCCGAGACCCCUAAGUAUUUGUUCUCCCUGAACGAAGUUCUCUGCCCUGUACAUAUCCAAAUGGCUCCCUGGCCUCUUGACUCUGGAUUAGCUGGUCUAGAAUGUUUGUUUUGUUUUUAAUUGGUAAAAAUGGGGAUUUAAAUAACAUUUUAAGUUUGGCCCCUCUUCCAUCUUCCCUUCCUGGGAGGCAUCUGGGGUUCCUUUAGCUUGACUCCUGGACUGGGAGAAGGUGGUAGGGAGGGAAGGAGAGACCCAGGCUGUGUUCUGGAUCUUUCCUUGGAUUCUGCUGUGUCCCUCAAGGCAGCGGCUCUGUGCGUGUGAGAGAGGGCCUAAAGCCAAUACUGAGAUAUUUUUUUCUUACCUGAACAAUAAUUCUCCUGUAAAAAUAAUUUUGGGGGGGUGGGUGUUCGGGGAGUAUGUAUGUGUGUGUGUGAGUGUUUUUUGGGUUUUUUUUGUUGUUGUUUUUUUUUACAGUGGCUGUCUAAAGUAUUUUCACAGUAUGUUUAAUAUUCAGCGCUAUAAAAAGCAGUGGUGUCCUAUACAGUGGGAAUUCGAGUUCCAGAAAUGGGACAUGCCCCAUAUCCCCAGGGGCAGGGGCAAGGGCUGGUAUCAGAAAAACCAGCGAACCCACAUAUCCCAAGCACCACCACCUGGGUUUUCAUUUCAAAUGGGAUACAGUAUUUUUUUAUAACAAAACCAUACUUUUUUUUUUAAAGUUUGACACCUGAAUGUGAUUUCUAACUGUUAUCAGACAUUAAUGUUUUAAAGCUAUAACAAAGUUGAAAAUUUCUACUUUUUUUUCUUUUACUUUAACUGUUCUUUUAUCAAUUUGAUUGUUGUAUGUGGAUGGGGGAAGUUUUGUUUUCUCCUUUUAGUGUUUGUUUCUAUAACCAGAAAUAAAAAAUUAUAU